GACCGAACCAAAAACAAAACAAAACGUAAACACUGUCUGAAAUCUGAAAGGGUGUGGGAAAUUUGAGCAAAAAUAUUUAAUCUUUUCCUUCCAUGCUGUAAUUACUUUCGGUCGACAUGCAGAACAUUAAGAUAAGACUUGCCUCGGAGCGAGUGAAUACCUCUCUGACUUUCGGAGAGGAGGGAGCUCCGCAUUUAUAUACACCUGGAGAAACCAUCACCGACAACCAACGUGUUAUGAGUGGUCAUGGUACUUACAUGGAUGAAGAAAAUAAAGAGGUUCUGAAAGCCUCCGUUGCUGGCACAGUUGAACGUGUCAACCAAUUGAUUUGUGUUCGUCCCAUCAAAUGCCGUUAUAUGGGGGAAAUAGGAGAUGUUGUUGUCGGAAGAAUAACCGAAGUUCAACAGAAGCGCUGGAAAGUUGAAACAAAUGCACGCCUUGACUCGGUCCUGUUAAUAUCAUCUGUGAACUUGCCUGGCGGUGAAUUGAGAAGAAGAUCUGCUGAGGAUGAACAGAUGAUGCGGAAAUAUCUACAGGAAGGUGAUCUUGUCAGUGCAGAAGUACAGAGCGUCUUUUCAGAUGGUUCCCUUUCAUUACAUACUAGGAGUUUGAAGUAUGGAAAGCUUUCUCAAGGGGUACUUGUAAAAGUACCACCUUCUCUUAUCUUGAGGAGGAAAAAUCACUUUCACAAUUUACUUUGUGGGGCCAGUGUUAUUCUUGGUAACAAUGGUCUUAUUUGGAUUUAUCCCACUAGUCCAGAGGAUGAUAGUGGAGUUGGUGGUUUCACCCAGAAUUUAGAACAGGUUAUUGACAAGGAGGAUAGAGAAAGAAUAGCACGGUUACGGAAUUGUAUUUUGUCGAUUUCUGCAAGCAAGCUGAUGUUAUUUGAUUCCUCUAUUCAAUAUGCCUUUGAAGAAUCAUUGAAUUACUCUAUCAAAGAGUUAUUAACUCCUGAGGUGAUGUUGGAUGUUGCUUUUCGCACAAGACAUAGGCUCCAAGCUUACAAAGACUCUUAGCCAUUUGAAGAAAGUAAAGUUUAUUGUACUGGUGUUUGUCAUGUGAGUUUGGCAUUAAAGAUUUCAGUAAUGGU